UGACUGUGACGCCAUUAUCAUCUGCGCUGCUGCUUCGCAUCGGAUGAUUCGUCAGAGAGAGGUUAUACACGUAGUAUACGCACAGCUGAGUCUUUUAAUUGACGCUCAAAGGUAUGGACGUUCAGAAGUCGACGGGGAAUGCUCUCGAAAGCACUUGCCAAUCAAAUUUACAAACUCCUCCACGCGCUCAACGAAGAUCUCGUGGAUCGCGUCAGAAAGCGGUAGAUAGUAUAACGAAAAAGUUCCUGCGAAAUUUCGAUCCGGAACACAGCGAGAGGGAAAAGAGAAAGCUUCAUCGGCGUUUGUAUCAGGGCUGUAAGAAACACGCUUUGUAUGACGAGAACGGCAUUUAUGUACAAACAGGGGAUGAUCUCUGCGAUUGUCUGAAUUUGGAUUGCGCAGGAUGUCAUUUUCCUUGCCCGAGAUGUUCGUCGACCAAGUGUGGGCACGAUUGCAGGGCAAAUCGGAAAUGGGCUUACGAGUCGAUAGAGAACGAAGGUAGCGACGUGGUCACAAAAAAUCGUCUGUUGAAAGAAUAUUAGACGUAGCCUCGGGCGAGUUCGUGCGUUGGUGGUGCACAGGACACAAGGAGAGAGGCCCCAGCCGUGACCAACGUCGGCGUAACUCAAGUCGAUCGAUAUUGAAAAAGGUCGAAACAAUUUGGAAUAUGAAAAAGAAAGAAACGAUGACUGUA